CCACUAAAAGACAAACCCGCCUAACAAUCGAACAAAAAUUCAAUUUCUAAGCUGCUGCUCCACUUCUCCGUCAGCAACUCCUCCAUCCGCUAGUACCGCCGCCACCUCCUCCGUCGACAGUCAUUCGGGGAUAGAUUGAAAAGGAAUGUCUACUACCAAUGGCUCAAAUGAUUUGUCUUCAGAGAUGGAGGUGGAUGCAUUUAGACGCCUUUUCCCACUACGCUUUUAUGAGCGCCACCUGCUCGAAUCAAUACGGCCUGAUGGACGGCCUCUUGGAAGAGCUAGAGAUACAACAAUUGCACUCGGAGCUGUUGCAUCUGCUAAUGGAUCAGCAUUAGCAAAGAUAGGUUGCACUACCAUGCUGGCUGCAGUUAAAUUGGAAGUCAUGACACCAAAGUUGGAGUCACCUGAUGAGGGUUGCAUAGCUAUUGAUUUCCAUAUGCCUCCAAUUUGUUCUCCACUGGUUCGCCCUGGCAGACCAGCAGAGGCAGCACCAGUAAUAACGAAGCAAUUAACUGACAUCAUCUUGAGUUCUGGGAUGAUUGAUUUAAAAGAAUUAUCUUUGGUCAGUGGAAAAGCUGCUUGGUUGGCCUACUUGGACAUAUACUGUCUCGAUGCUGAUGGCUCCCUAUUUGAUGCGGCGUUGCUUUCUGCUGUGGCUGCGUUCUCACACUUGCAAAUUCCUGUAGUUUCUCUCAAUGAUAAUGGAAGAAUAGUUCUUAUUUCUGAGGAAAAUUCUGGUGCAAUGUGGGAAAAGGAACCAGUGAAUAAAGAGAAGAGAAAGCUGAAGUUGGAUACUCUACCAUUCUCCUUGACAUGCGCGCUUCACAAGAACUACAUUCUGGCAGACCCUUCAGCCGAGGAAGAAUCUAUUAUGGAAACAUAUUUAACUGUGGUAUUGGAUUCGUCUUUGCAGCUCGUGUCUCUUAAUAAACCAGGUGGACCUGGUCUGGCUCAAACAUCAGCCAUCCAGGAUUGUGUAGCAUUAACAAUAAAGAGAGUGAAAGAACUUCAGAAGAUAUUGAAUGAAGCAAUUUCUGAUAUGGAAGUGGACUAGUCGAAAGUUGCAGUUGAAAUUAUAACCAUUUUGCCACUGAUUUCGCCCAUAGGUUUCUUCCUAUUCUGCUUCUUCAAGUUUUAGCUUCCCAAAGAAAAGGGAAAUGUAAACUAUUGAAAAUGUCCAUUGGGAAAUCUAUUCCAUUGACAAGAUUUGAGUCCAACUGAGUAGAUUUGAAGAGAGUAGCAAUUUUGCUUCUAGGGCAUCUUUAAAGUUGAUUGUUAGAGAUUUAUUUGAUUUAUGUAUCUUUUUCAAUCUAAUUUUCAUUUUUGGCUUGUAAGCUGGCCUCUACUAAUGAUGCAAAAAUUUAUAUCGAGUAAUUAAUUGAUAAUACACUGACAUUGUAUACUUGGUUUAAUGCUACGGUUACUGUUCGUAUA